ACUGCUAGCAACGGAACGGAGCGCAACGCAAUCAUGUCAGGCGCGCAAGGAGCUCAGCCGAAGGGCGCCUUCACGGCGACCACCUACACGUCGGCUGCGGCCACCGGUGGCGGCGCGGCCCAGGGGCAGGGGCAGGGGCAAGAGGACCAGGAGAGAAGGCAGACUCCGCGGACGGAGCUCCGGUCGGCCGAGGACGAGCGCGGGCUGCCUGUCAGGAAGCUGGAGGACGCGGUCGAGGAUGCCGCGGGCAAGGGCGGGCCGGUGUUCGGCGCCGGCACGGAGGACGGGAAGCCGGAUCUCGGGGUCACCGGCACCGGCUGAUGCUAGCCGGAUGUGCUUCUUAAUGUGCUGCUUAGUUAACGAGCGAGUCAGAAAGUGAAAGUACAAGGAUGUGUCCAGCACACAGUACGUACGAUCAGUUAUCGAGUUAUACAUCUUAGUUGAGAUCUUUAUACAUGAGACCACUUCUGUAAAUUUGUGUAUAGCCACAAAGAGAUGUGUGAAUUCUCCUUGUACAGGUUUGAAUGGCCCUACUAUAUCGAGACACUUGAUUGAGAGUGGCCUUGUAAUGGGAAUUAUGAGAUGUAGGAACAUGAUCUUCAUAUGUAUGCAC